ACGGAGUGGACUAGAGCUGAGACAAUUGCAAACUUAUUUCCGGUUCCUUUCAUGAGGGCCGGAAGUACCGAUGGAACAACAUAUCCCACGUGAUCAUUCUAAAAUUUGGCGGGCUGGUGGCGGCAGCCAUAUUUCUGCUGGACAAAAAAAUGUCUUUCUUUGAAACAUUAGAGACACAUUUUGGAACCAGAGAUUUGUAUGAAGUAUUGCGGCUGACAAAAGCCGCCUCAGAAUCGGAGGUAAAACGAGCCUACCGAAAAAAGUCGCUGGUAGUCCAUCCUGAUCGCGCAGCCGAGGAAGAUAAAGCGACAGCUACUGAAAAGUUUCAGUGUUUGAGCAGAGUUUACUCUGUAUUGUCGGAUCAAGACAAGAGAGCAUUGUACGAUGAAUCUGGAGAAGUUGACGACGAUGUUGUUGUACAAGAACGCGACUGGGAUGCCUACUGGAGGUUAUUGUUCCAGAAAAUAACCGUGGAAGAUAUAGCGGAGUUCGAGAACAACUACAAAGGUUCCGAGGAGGAAGUGAACGACCUCAAGUCAGCCUAUCUGGAUUAUCAAGGGGACAUGGACGCUAUUUUGGAAAAUGUGCUCUGUGCCACGGUCGACGACGAUGAAAGGUUUAGGGGAAUUAUUGAGGAACUUAUUUCAAAGGAAGAUCUACCGAAAUUCCCGGCCUUUGUGAGUGAGGGUAAAAAGAAGAAGAAAGCUAGAAAACAAAAAGCUCAGAAAGAGGCUGCUGAGGCAGAAGAAAUGGCAAGAGAACUUGGCUUGAAUGACAAAUCUGAUGACAGCCUGAAACAGCUGAUAAUGAAACGUCAGCAGGAUAGGCAAGGAGCAAUGGAUGAUAUGAUUGCUGGGCUGGAAGCAAAGUACUGCAAACCAAAAAAACAGAAAACCUCUAAAGGAAAAAAGAAGUGAUUGCUGACUCUGGGAUGGUCCAGUUUUGACAUUGUGCGAACUAAAGAAUAUAUCUGCAACUGCAUAGUCCAUGCUUUCUGAGACAAGACAAUAUAUGACACAAAUUUGUCAUGUUUGUUUUUGAUGUUUGGUACUUGAGUCCCUUCAAUAGUUUUAAGCAAUUUCUGUCUUAGCCCAUUGUGGGUGGCUCUUACAUCCUUCCUGUGUACAUCCUUCCUGUCUCGCUCCAAGGUUUUGUUAUAUUUGCAAAUAAAGUUAAUAAUUAAUAUGUAAGACUUUAAAGGAGGAAGUGGGAUUUAUACUUUAUAUGUAUAUAUUGUAAGAACAGCGUAACAAUGAAUAUAAGAUGGAAAAUUAUGAAAAAAACAUUGUUCCUUUUAUCAUCACCCAAGGGAAAAUUCUUUCAGCACCUGAUAAAUGCUGAUAUUGUUUCCUGAAAAUUGUCUUCUUUCUAGAUGGUCCUCAAAGUGGUUUUACGUUCCAGAGUUCUGGCUUAAAAAGCUUUGAGAUCCUGGAUUUAAAGACAAG